AUGUCGCCUCCUCGCUUCUGCUGCUGCGCCGCCGCCCACUCGGGCCUCCAGGUCGACGACAUGGACCUCGACGCGAACCCGCGCGAUGACUUUAUGACCUACUCGUGGGGCAAGUGGGCCCAGCGCAACCCGAUUCCGGACGAGUACAGCGCGUGGGGCGUCUUCUACAAGCUGCGCGACCAAGUGCUCGGCGACGUGAAAGGCCUCUGCGAAGCCAAGGCCGCGGAGAUCGAUAUGCUCGACGCUAGCACGUGCGAAGGCCAGAUCGCCCGCUUCUGGAAGGCGGCCAUGGACGAGGCCGGUGUCGAGGCUGCGGGCACGGCUGCUCUGGACCCGCUCUUGGCCCGCAUUGCGGACGCCACCGACCGCGACUCGUUCAUCGAGACCAUUGGGUACCUCCACACGCAGGGCCUCAGUGUGCUCUUUGACGCGGCCGUGCUGCCGGACAUGAAGGACUCGACGACCGAGCGACUCUUCUUUGCCCAGGGCGGCCUCGGGCUCCCGGACCGCGACUACUACACGGACGCCGACAAGGCCGAGAAACUCGCUGCGUACGAGGCGCACGUCGCGGCCAUGUGGGCGCUCUUCCGCCCGGACGAAAAUGCAUCGGCCGUCGCAACGUCGGUCGUCGACGUCGAGCGCCGGCUUGCGGCGACGUCGCGCACCCGAACUGCGAUGCGCGACAUUGCGUCGCUCUACAACAAGCAGACGCCCGACGAGUUGGAGGCGGCGGUGUUUCCGUGGGCGGCCGUCUUCCGCGGUUACGGCAUCGACGUGCCGGCAUUUGCGAUCGUCGCGACGCCCGAGAUGUUUACCUUCCUCGCCGACGACAUUGAGGCCCACUUGGAUGCCUACAAGCAGUAUGCGUCGUGGCAUGUGCUCAAGGCGCUCGCAUCGUACCUGCCGUCGGUAUAUGUGAACGAAGCGUUUGCUUUGUCCAAGGCGCUGUCGGGCGCCAAGGAGCUCUCGGCGCGCUGGAAACGCGUCGUCAACACGCUCAAUGACACGUGCGGUGAGCUCAUGGGCGCUGUGUACUGCGCCGCGUACUUUCCACCGACGGCCAAAACGGCGAUGCUCGAGCUUGUCGGCUGCCUCCAGGAGGCGUUGGCGCUGUCACUCCAGGACUUGGCGUGGAUGACGCCGGCGACCAAGGCCAAGUCGCUGGAGAAGCUCGAUGCGAUCGUCACCAAGAUCGGGUAUCCCGAUCUCUGGACCGACUUUUCGGCGCUGCGUGUCGACGGCAGCUACGUCGAGGUCGUGCUCUCGAUGCAGCGCUUCAUGUUUGCGGAAAACAUUGUGCGCCGCGUGGACCAGCCCGUGCAAAAGCACAAGUGGGAGAUGCCGCCGCAGAUGGUCAACGCGUACUACAACCCGAUGGCGAACGAGAUCGUCUUCCCCGCCGCGAUCCUCCAGUCGCCGUCGUUUUCGCUGGACCGCGACAUGGCCAUGAACUUUGGCGCGAUCGGUGCGGUGAUUGGCCACGAGAUGACGCACGGCUUCGACGACCAAGGCCGCCUCUUUGACGCCGCGGGCAACCUCUCGGAAUGGUGGACGCCGGAGGACGCUGCCGCGUUCAACGCGCGCACGCAAGUCGUUGUCGACCAGUUUAGCAAGUACCAAGUGCUCGGCCGGCCCGUGAACGGCCAAUUGACGCUGGGCGAGAACAUCGCCGACAUUGGCGGCGUCAAGAUCGCGUACCGCGCGCUGCAGCUCUACUUGGCCAAGCACGGCCGCCCGGACGAACUCGUCGACGGGUACACACCCGAGCAGCGCUUCUUCCUCGCGUGGGGCCAGUUCUGGGCGUCAACCGACCGCGACGAACAGGCGCUCAAGCUCUUGUCCGUCGACGUGCACAGCCCGGGCUUCCUCCGCAGCUUUGCGCCGCUCAAGAACCUUCCGGAAUUUUACGCCGCGUUCAACAUCCAAGAAGGCGACGGCAUGUACUUGCCUGAAGCCGAGCGCGCGGCGAUCUGGUAAUUGAUUGCAUUUACGGCGUAAGGAUAAGCUCAAGUGGUUUCUUUACUACCUCUCC